CAAAUGUUAUAAAAUUACUACCACGUUUGAAUUUGGGUGGAAAGACUAAAUUGGGUCUUUUAACGCUAUUAUUACCUUUUAUUUCUCAUUUUUUUUGCCACAAAGACGAAAGCCAACACCGCUCCCCAUCAAUGAGCAUGGAGAGCUCAAACACCAGCUUGUUUCACACCAUCAAAAACUGCAUAACCCACAAAAAACCCAAAGCCGCAAUCUCCGCGUACAUCCACGGCCGCGGCGGCAUCGUGAUCGUGAUCGCCGCCGUCCCAUUAGUCCUCAAAGCCUGCGCUUCCCUUUCUUUGCUCAGCUUCGGGAAAGCUCUGCAUUCCGAAAUCCUGAAGUCGGGAGUUGAACGCAACGUGAUGGUUGGGACCUCGUUAGUCGAUAUGUACGGCAAAUGCGGCGACAUAGCGAGUGCGUGCAAGAUGUUCGACGAAAUGCCUGACAGAAACGUAGUCUCUUGGAACGCGAUGAUAGGAGGGUACAUGAGGAACGGCGACACCGCGGCCGCUUCGGCCUUGUUCGCGGCGAUGACGGAGCGGACGUCAGCCACCUGGAACGCGAUGAUCGACGGGUACGCCAGAAAUGGGGACACGGCCGCGGCAAGGCGAGUUUUCGACGCCGUGCCAGAGGCUUUGAGGAAUGUGGUGACGUGGACCGCGAUGGUCGACGUGUACGCUACCAGCGGGGAUAUGGAGGCGGCGAGGGAGGCGUUCGAGGCGAUGGGAAUGAGGAAUUUCUACGCUUGGUCGGUGAUGAUCAAAGGCUAUUUCAAGAGGGGCGAUGCGGCGAGGGCGAGGGAGGUUUUUGAUGGGAUGAGUUUGAGGAAUUUGGUGAUCUGGAAUUCCUUGAUUUCUGGAUAUGCACAAAAUGGGAUGUUUGGUGAAGCGAUGGAUGCUUUUACUAUGAUGCAAGAAGACGGUUUCGAACCGGAUGAAGUCACACUAGUUAGUGUUUUAUCAGCUUGUGCUCAGGCAGGAAUGCUGGAUGUUGGGAGAGGGAUUCACGAGAGGCUUCUCCGAUCCUUGAUCGAAACCAACGUGUUCGUGUUGAACGCGUUAAUCGACAUGUACGCCAAAUGCGGGGAGCUAGAAACCGCGAGGGGGAUCUUCGAGAAGGCUAAGGGAAGGACUUCGGCAUCUUGGAACAGUUUGAUCACAGGAUUCGCGGUUCAGGGCCGGUGCAGGGAGGCGGUCGAGCUCUUCACUUUAAUGGAGGAGGACACGAGCGUGAGGCCCGACGAGAUCACGUUCCUGUCCGUGCUCUCCGCGUGUGCUCACGGAGGUCUAGUCGAGGAGGGGUUGGAGUCGUUGUCGAAGAUGGAGAGGUACGGGGUGAGACGGAGCGUGAAGCACUACGGCUGCCUCGUUGAUCUGUUGGGACGAGCGGGGAGGCUGGAGGACGCGUUGGAGCUAGUGAAGGGGAUGCCCGUGGAGGCCAACGACACGGUGCUGGGGGCCCUGCUGGGGGCGUGCCGUAUCCACUCCGAUACGUAUAUGGCGGAGAAGGUGGUGGAGUUCAUAGCUGAGGCAUCUGAUCAUCACUAUCUGCUUCUGUCGAAUAUCUAUGCGGCUUGUGAGAGAUGGGAGACGGCUGAGAGCAUGCGCCUCGCCUUUUCGGGUACAGGGUCUGAGAAGACAACCGGAUGCAGUGUGCUUGUGACUUGAGAUACUUUCACACUUCAACUGAAUUUAGUUUGAGUUUUGAAGAGGAGGAGGUGGAGAAACACAUACCAUUUCCGGUCACGUUGAACAAGUAGAGGCGGUUGCCUGCCGCCGUUGCCGUGAUUAUAACAUGAGGCGGCUCCAGCUCGAACUGGUAAUACGUUCUUCCCUCGUGCACCGCGACUUGGGAGCUCACGACUUUCCCUUCAACGUUCUCUCCGAUCACCUCUGGCCCGAACGCGCUUAUGACCUUCUCCGGAGUCCCUAUCCGAUCUAUCGUGGCAUUAUCACCGAGAUCUGCAAGUAGUAGUGGAAGGGACGGGUUAGCUCAUCGUCUCUGCUUAUGGCAUUGCAUCUGAUUCAUGCGACUAACCAACCAUCUGCAAAUCUCAAGACGGGAGCGACUACGACAGAGAGGCGUCCCUCUUUGGGGCUGGCGAACCUCAGGUCGAUCUCCGUCCCUCCUAGAUCAGCAAUCGACACAGGAACCUGUGGGAAGAAUGUGUUAAAGAAUUUUCGUGAUGGAAACUUUGAGAUUGUGAGGGUUGAUGCUAAGUACCUCGUCCCAUUCGCCAGGCGCAGGCACGGAGAAUUUGUACGGUAUGAUGGGGCUCCACCCGACGCCAUGGCCGCCGGAUUUAUCGUCUGGCCUUUGGUAAGUUCUCCAACCUGUCUGAGCAGUUUCUUCUAGUUAAGAUUGCAUUCACUUUGGCAUCAAAAAGGGCUUGAAUUUUAUCAGCAUCAAUACUUCAUUUCAACAUAAACAAGUAUGAUAUGUUUGUUCUUUAUAGGGGCGUUUAUUUUGUGUGAUACGAUACAUAGAUAAAACGUGUGACUGAGUAUCUGAUGCAUUAGAUGAUCAAACAAGUUCAAAAUUGGUAGAUUAGCAUAUACUAUUGAUUUUUCUAAUUUUUUUUGUCUAUUCUAUCACUCAAAAGUAACCGUUCCAUUAGUUUAUUCUGCAUAUCAAAAUUCAUAGAGAACUCAUCAAGACUGCUUAAACCAAGUUUCCAGCUCUCUCUCUCUCUCUCUCACACACACACACACACACACAUUAAUUAGUAAAAUCACUGCAUGACUAAUUCAAAGAGAGCAUCAAGACUAAGUGACCAAGUUGCCCAUCUUGCAAAAGGGUUGAAAUCUCUCCCUCUCUCUCUCUGACUCUCUCUCACUCACACAUACAAAUGACUUAUUCAGAAAGAGAGCAUCUUGCAAGUUUCCCAUCUUGCAAAAGGGAUCAGAUAUCUCCCUCUCUCACACACACACACACAUGUCGUAGUAAGUGAGUAACCUUGUUCAUCAGGUUCAGACAAACCAGGAAUCCUCCCGGCAAGAAGACCUUGUUUGACCACUGCUAAUCCAUCGCCGGCAAAUCCGAAUGCUGCUGCACUUGAAAUCACAGCAACCCCAGAUGCAAUCACCGCCCUUCGAUUGGUCACCACUCCAAAUUCAACUUUUUUAACGCCACCAGAUUGAUUCUCUGCCGCCCUUGUUCCCGACUCACCUUUUCCUUGAGCAACUGGUUGCCAAUUCCUCCAAGAAAGGCUGUAAACACAUUGCAUAAUUGUGCCCAUUUGAUUUUAUCUCUAUCAAAUCAAAGAUUUCGCAGGUUUUGUGAAGAAUUUCAGCUGCAAAAAACUCUGUGUUGUUUGGUUCAAGAAUGGAUGGUGGGUGAGCGAUGUUAAUUGUCAUCUCUAACUUCUG